AGUUGGAAUAGACUUUUUAAAUGUUUGGAAUUCAAGAUACUUUGGGAAGAGGACCAAUUCUGAAAGAUAAAUCUCUAGGUUCCGAAAUGGAUUCCGUCAGGUCCUGGGUCAGAAACGUUGGGGUUGUGGAUGCAAACGUAGCAGCACAAAGCGGAGUAGCUUUGUCCAGAGCUCACUUUGAAAAGCAGCCACCCUCCAACUUGAGGAAAUCCAAUUUCUUUCACUUUGUUCUGGCUCUCUACGACAGACAGGGGCAGCCCGUGGAAAUAGAGAGGACAGCUUUUGUGGACUUUGUAGAAAAUGAUAAAGAGCAAGGCAAUGAAAAGACGAACAACGGCACGCAUUACAAACUGCAGCUGCUUUACAGCAAUGGUGUCAGGACUGAACAGGAUCUGUAUGUGAGGCUCAUCGAUUCGGUCACCAAGCAGCCCAUAACUUACGAAGGACAGAACAAAAACCCCGAAAUGUGCCGAGUUUUGCUUACCCAUGAAGUCAUGUGCAGUCGCUGCUGUGAGAAGAAAAGUUGUGGCAACAGAAAUGAGACUCCAUCUGACCCCGUCAUCAUUGACAGGUUCUUCUUAAAAUUUUUUCUCAAGUGCAAUCAGAAUUGCUUGAAAACAGCAGGAAACCCAAGAGAUAUGAGACGGUUCCAGGUGGUGCUGUCGACAACGGUGAACGUGGACGGGCAUGUGCUGGCCGUGUCUGACAACAUGUUUGUGCACAACAACUCCAAGCACGGACGGAGGGCCAGGAGGCUCGACCCCUCUGAAGCCACACCGUGCAUCAAAGCGAUCAGCCCGAGCGAGGGCUGGACCACAGGAGGAGCAAUGGUGAUCAUUAUUGGAGACAACUUCUUUGAUGGGCUGCAAGUGGUGUUUGGAACCAUGCUUGUGUGGAGUGAGCUCAUCACGCCCCAUGCCAUCCGCGUCCAGACGCCUCCACGCCACAUCCCUGGGGUGGUGGAAGUGACAUUGUCCUACAAAUCCAAACAGUUCUGCAAGGGCGCCCCCGGCAGGUUCAUUUACACAGCUCUAAAUGAACCUACCAUAGACUACGGCUUCCAAAGGCUGCAAAAGGUCAUCCCAAGACAUCCUGGGGACCCUGAAAGAUUAGCUAAGGAAAUGCUGCUGAAACGAGCUGCUGACCUGGUUGAAGCCCUGUAUGGAACCCCACACAACAACCAGGACAUCAUUCUGAAGCGAGCUGCAGACAUCGCAGAAGCUCUCUACAGUGUGCCCAGGAACCCAGCGCAGAUCCCAGCCCUCUCCAGCUCUCCUGCCCACAGCAGCAUGAUGGGCAUCAACUCCUACGGCAGCCAGCUAGGAGUGAGCAUCUCAGAGUCAACACAGGGCAACAACCAAGGUUACAUUCGUAACACCAGCAGCAUCUCACCCCGAGGUUACUCCUCCAGCUCCACUCCUCAGCAGUCCAACUACAGCACCUCCAGCAACAGCAUGAACGGCUACAGCAACGUCCCCAUGUCCAACCUGGGCGUCCCAGGCUCUCCUGGCUUCAUCAACGGCUCUCCCACGGGGUCCCCCUAUGGACUGAUGUCUUCAAGUCCAACAGUUGGCUCCUCCAGCACUUCUUCCAUCCUUCCAUUCUCCUCUUCCGUCUUUCCUGCUGUCAAACAGAAGAGUGCCUUCGCUCCUGUCAUCAGACCCCAAGGGUCUCCUUCUCCUGCCUGCUCUAGUGGCAAUGGCAAUGGGUUCAGAGCCAUGACUGGGCUUGUCGUGCCCCCGAUGUAAGCAAGAGGCAGCUUUGCUCCUCUCCAUCUUCCCUUUUUUCCUCUU